AUGGCUGGGAAGAUGACGCCAAAUAAUGUUACCGUCUCCCUUUUGCUACGCCAGGCCAUUUAUUAUCAUCUCGACAACUGUGCCUACGAGAGCGCCCUCUUCUUUGCCGAACGACUUUAUGCCCACGACCAAUCCUUCUGCGAUUCCGCCUAUCUUCUCGCCUACACCCACUUGCGACUUGGUGAUGCUCGAACUGCCUACCAGGUCAGUCGGGGCCUGGGGUAUAGAGGCACGCAUCUGGGAUCCUGCUACGUCUUCGCUCAGGCGUGUUUGGAGUUGGAGCGAUACAAAGAUGGGAUCACAGGCUUGGAAAAUGGGAGGAAACAAUGGUCCAAGGCGGACAACUUGGGGAAACACACCUCUUUUACCAGGAUGCCAUAUCCCGAUGCCGCCGCCUUCAGCUGUCUCCUGGGCAGACUCUACCGAGCAUACGACGACAAGAAGAAGGCUAUACCAUGUUUUGAGGAGGCACUACGACGAAACCCGUUCAUGUGGGAAGCCUUCACAAGCCUUUGCGAUAUGGGAGUGAGCGUUAGAGUGCCCAACGUUUUCAAGACGAGCGACGGUCUUGCGCGCAACCUCGAGCAUGGCCUUGACGCUACGUCCAUCCUUGCCUGGAUUGCAGGUCCCUCUCCACAGCCACCAGAGCCAUUGCAGCAAAAGAAGAUGGGGCAGCAACAGAAAAGGCAGCCAAGCGAUCCCUUCGGGCCAUGUGGAACAUCCCAGGAAUCAGCGUCGUACCCAGAUUCAGAAAAUGGCUUUAUAUCCAAGAUGUAUCCUUCUCAAUCCGAAAAUACAUCCAGUCAGCCCGGAAAACCAUUCGAGGAAAGCGAAACGCAACCCGCGCCUGCUACCACCGCUCAUAAUCCUCAUGUUGGUCGUGCUGGACGCCAAGCAGAGCCGCCGCAAGCACCGCCUCGAAGAACCCGGGCAGCCCAGGCAACGGAUUCUGCGUUAGCUGAUGCGCCGCCCAAAAUGGGCCACCGGCUGGGAACAAGAAAGAAAGACAAAGCCCAAGAAUCAACCACAGAUCAUGCGGACCCAAACGCCAAAACAUCAACGGUCUCCAGCUCAACUACUGAAAGGAAACGCACGGCAGCGGGGCACCCAGUCCAAACCAGAUCAAUGAACAGUGAUGAACCCAGGCGAAGCGCAAGGCUCAAUGUGGGCUCAAGAUCGACGGCAACCAAGACAUCGAGCACGGCAGCAACCCGUGAGCUGAGGAAGGCUAGGCCCCCAAUAACUCGAUUUGCUCGGCCGGGCUCCAGUGGAGCAAACGUUGGUCGGGUCAUCAGUGGCAACCGCAAGCCGCCACCGGAGGAUCAUGGUAUGGACAUUGACCACGCCGAGGCAUCACGCGCCAAGGAGCCCCCUGUGGUGCAGGUAGCACCACAUCUGCCACCCGCCCCUAAACCAGCGGAGUCUGAGUCGGUCAAGGCGGUUGAGGAAGCUUUGAAAACAAUAUUCGAUUUGUUGAAAAAGCUGGGAUCGGGUUAUUCGCUCUCAUCUGAGUUCCAGUGUCAAGAGGCAGUCGCGGCCUACAUAUCACUCCCCCGGAGUCACCAAGACACACCGUGGGUUUUGGCACAGAUGGGAAGGACGCAGUACGAGCAGGCCAACUAUGCCGAGGCAGAGAAGUAUUUUAAGCGUCUUCGCGUUAUUGCUCCAACUCGGCUUGAGGACAUGGAGGUCUACUCGACUGUUCUGUGGCAUUUGAAGAAAGAGACGGAACUUUCAUUCCUCGCCCAUGAGAUGAUCGACUCGGUGUGGGAUUCACCAGAAGCUUGGUGCGCUCUUGGGAACGCAUGGUCAUUGGCAUAUGAUCACGAGCAAGCCUUGAGAUGCUUCAAGCGGGCGACGCAACUUGAUCCCAAAUUUGCGUACGCCUAUACUCUACAAGGACACGAGCAUGUAGAGAACGAGGAAUACGACAAGGCCCUCACGGCCUACCGACACGCCAUUGCGGCGGAUAAGCGCCACUACAACGCUUAUUACGGCAUCGGAAGGGUCUACGAGAAGCUGGGCAACUACGACAAGGCGCUGAGCCAUUAUCACGCUGCUUCGGUCAUCCAUCCGACUCACGCGGUGUUGAUCUGCUGCAUGGGCUCGGUAUUGCACAAACAGAAACAGAUCAAGCAGGCACUGCCCUACUUCACCAGAGCGGCCGAACUGGCUCCGCGCGCUCCAGAUGUCCGACUAAAGAAGGCUCGUGCCCUUUUGCAGAUGGGACAAACGAAGGCGGCACAGACGGAACUCAUGAUUCUGAAGGACUUGGCCCCGGACAGGGCCCAGGUGCAUUUCCUUUUGGGCAAGCUCUCCAAGACACUGCACGAUAAGAAAUCGGCGGUGCGCCAUUUUACCAUUGCUCUGAGCUUGGACCCAAAGGCGAGCCUCCAAAUCAAGGAAGCCAUCGAGAGCUUGGAGGAUGACGAUGGACCGGAUGAUUCCAUGAUGCAGUGA